CGUCACGCCGAAUGACGGAGUGAAAGGGCGAGUCUAGGGUCUAUGUACUGCAGAGAAAGCGGAUCAGUUGCAUAUAUAUAAUCUAUAAGAAGUAAACAGAAAAAAAAGAAUAGGUCUGCGUACCUUGCGAAAAUGGAGCGUGGUUGUGCCUGAAGCGUUUUUCUUUAGAAGUCUAGUUUAUGGAGUGAAGCAGGCCUACACACCUCACCAUCACACUUUCUUUACACCCAAGGUAUAAAGGUGUGAGGGCAGUUGUCCUCAUCCUAUUCUCCAUCCCAUCCAUACUAUCAAUACUGCUGUCCAACUUCAGUCUCCAAAAUUCCAGAGGUUUUUUUUAAUUGCUACAAAAAUGGCGGGGAAAGAGCGCAGUCCUCGUCACCGACCCUGGUCUGUGUACCGUGCCAACACAUUCGAUAUUGCUUCUGAAAUGAUAGGGCUGACACUGACAGGAAACAGUCAGGAUCCUGAUGAGCCAGUGUUGGAGUUUAGUCUGGCAUGCAGUGAGUUAGUGACUCCAACAUUGGAGCGUAAACCUAGUAGCUUUGUGGCAGUGAGCUGCACCACCCCUCCUCAAGCAUUUUGGACGAAGCAUGCUCAGAGUGAGAUCAUAGAGGGUACAAGCAACCCAAUAUUCCUCAGUAGCAUUGCUUUUUUUCAAGACUCUCUGAUCACGCAGCAGACUCAAGUGAAACUUUCUGUCUAUGAUGUCAAAGACCGUUCACAGGGCACGAUGUACCUACUUGGUUCCGCCAUGUUCACAGUGAAAGAACUACUGCAGGACAAAUAUCAUAGGCUACACCUGACUCUAAGAUCAGCAGAGAAUGAGAAGAUGGGCAACAUCACCAUUAUUGCAUGGCAGAUAGAGGAGAAGAAAGACCAGAGAGCCCCAUUGGCUCGCUCAGACACGAUUAAUGGCAGGAUGGUCCUACCUGUUGAUGAGAGUCUGACUGAAUCCAUGGGAAUGAAAUUAAAAUCUGCUUCUCUGUGCAAAGACACACUUCUGAAGGCAGUAUUUGGAGGUACAAUAUCACGGAUGUACCGUUUGCCCACCACGGAUGGGAACCAUCUGCGUGUCCUGGAACAGAUGGCAGAGAGCGUGCUGUCACUUCACAUACCCAGACAGUUUGUAAAGCUGCUACUGGAGGAAGAUGCUGCCAGGGUGUGUGAACUGGAGGAGUUGGGGGAGUUGUCUCCAUGUUGGGAGAAUCUAAGGAGGCAGAUCAUCACUCAAUAUCAGACCAUCAUCCUCACCUAUCAGGAGACACUUAGUGACCUGCAUGAGUACAAGGGUCCCUCUUUUAAAUCCAGCACUUUGAAAGCAGAGAAGAGGUUGGAGUUUGUGCCAACCAAUCUCCACAUUCAAAGGAUGAGGGUACAGGGCGAGUCAGGCUAUGAUCGAACCUAUGAUGUGGUCACUACUGGAGCCCCUGCAGCACAUCAUCAAGGUUUUAAGGGCAGUGGUUUGAGGAAACUAAUUCAGAAGUUUGAGGAGUCCAAGAAACAUGCAUAUGAGGAUGAAGGUGCUGGAGAGUCCCGUCCACAUUCAGGAGUGUACCAGCCACAGGAUGUGGUAAGAGCAAAAGAGAUCAUUUCCCACAUUAACACCUUGAAGACGCAAGUCAGCUACUACACAGAGCGAUUGUCCCGGGCUGCCAAAGAGCGCUCCGCUAACGCAUUAGAGAGAACCCUCGGCAUCCUCACAGAGAAGACAAGGCAGCUUGUGACAGUUUGUGACAACAAGCUGCUGGCCACAGCCAUCCAGGCUCUGGCUGCAGCACGACCAGAGUUUGUCGCCUCUAAAACCUCUCCUUCUGGGCCGGACACUGAACGUGUAGUUCUGCGCAAUGACCAAAGCUCUUCACAAGCCAAGUGGAGUGGCAAAGGGAACAGAGCCUCCAUGAAUGUGGACUGGCAUGAGGAGGAGUGGGAGAAGGUGUGGUUGAAUGUGGACAAAAGUAUGGAGUGUGUAAUCCACUGUGUGAACAGGCUGUUAAUGAGGGAGAGGAUGCAGAGCGACAGUAGUGAGGAUGUCUUCCUCUCUGACCAGCAGCACAACACUAGCAAGAGAGGUAUCCAUGGCAAUGCCUUCUGGAUCAACCCCAACUUCCCAUCCUCAUCAUCCUCCCUGUGCAUCCCCUUGUCCUCAUCACAUUCUCUUCCUGAUUCCUGUUCAUCAUUAUCAUCCUCUUCAUCAUCUUCUCUGACUUCUGCAUGUGUAACCAGUUCUCACAGAUCCACCUAUGGAAGCCCCAGUGUUGAUGGCUGCUCUCCAGGUGAAUGGAGUGAUGCCCUGUAUCCUCUACUGACCACACUGAAUGAGUGUGUAGCCAUGAUGAGUGACAUGGCAAAGAAGUCUAUGGUGUUUGUGCUGAUGCAGGACUGCGCUCCCACUAUCGCUAUGAGCCUGGCGUUACAGUAUCGCAGAGACGUGGUCUUCUGUCAAACGUUGGCGGCUGUGAUCUGUGGUUUCAUAGCAAAGCUGAGGACUUGUUUGUGUGAUCACGGCUUCCUAAGACAACUCCAUACUAUCGGCUUACUGGUCCAGGUUGAGGGUCUACUUAGCACUUAUGGGGAGGAGCUGGCCAUGCUGGAGGACAUGAGCAUAGGCAUCAUGGACCUUAGAAACGUCACCUUUAAGGUUACUCAGGCAACCUCCAGCUUCAGCCCUGACAUGCUGCCUGUUAUCACGGGGAACAGAGACGGGUUUAAUGUGAGAGUACCACUGCCUGGGGCUAUGUUUGAUGUUUUGCCACGGGAAAUCCAAAACGGGAUGCUACUACGUGUUCAGCCAGUCCUGUUCAACAUAGGAAUUAAUGAACAACAGACACUCGCAGAGAAGUUUGGAGACACCUCACUACAGGAAGUAGUCAAUACAGAAAGUCUGGCCAGACUCAACUCCUACUAUGAUCAGUUCAAGGAAGUGCUGCCUGAAGACUGUCUGCCUCGUUCUAAUAGUCAGUACUGUAUACCAGAGCUACUGAAAUUCCUCACUCAGAAUGUGAACUCCAGGAAGAGUAAGAAUGUGGACAUCCUUUGGCAGGCAGCAGAGGUGUGCCGGCGUCUCAAUGGUGUGAGGGUAACCAGCUGUAAGAGUGCAAAGGACCGCACAGCUAUGUCUGUAACUCUGGAGCAGUGUCUGAUCCUGCAGCAGGAGCACUGCAUGGCCCCACAGGUCUUAAGCCAGGCGCUGGACUGUAUGCGCAGUGAGGGCUGUAGGAGAGAGAACACCAUGAAGAAUGUGGGCAGCAGGAAGUAUGCCUUCAAUUCACUUCAACUGAAGGCCUUCCCCAAACAGUAUAGACCUCCAGAGGGUACUUAUGGUAAAGUGGAGACUUGAUUGGGACACUCAUCUAUGUCCCCAACUCCUACUGUUUUUCACCAGGCUGCUCUCCCCCAUUAUCACCUUUAGUUUGUUUCCACUGAUCUGAAGCAAAUGCUGCCAUGAAUUCAGUCAAAUAAACACUCACUGUAAAUAGCCAAAAAAGGUUGUAGUUCACAAGAUUGCAUGAGUCACUGCUCUCUUCUGAACUUUGGGUACUAUAUCAAGGUGACCAUGAGGAAUACUUAUUGGAAGAGUUUGAUUGGGAGAGUAGGACUCCAUUCAUCCAGCAACAAAAACACUCAGCAACUGCACUAAGCUAAUUUGUUAAGGAACUACAAGUGCAAAUUGCACAGUUCCUUUAGUUUGUGUUUGGUCUCUACAGGACCUCAGUUUCACAUACCCAGAUUCAAUGGAUACAUAAAUGAGCAUUGUUCUUUUUCCAUUCAUUAAACGUGCACAUUAUACUGUAGCUGAACUGUAGCGUCAGUGAUGUGACAGAGUAAGUCUUAUCAAGUCAUAUGCUAUCACAAGGCUAUACAUAUAAUGCUUUAAAUCAACCCUUUAGCUUAUUGACAGCAACAGUAUGCAUUUUACGGGUUGUAGAUUUUCAGGGAAAGGGCCUUUCUCAUGCUGUUGCUAAGCACAGGUAAUGUUUGUACAGUUAAUACAGUGGAAUGUUGUGAAUAGAUAUUAAGAUAUUAGAUAUUAUCAUUUUAACAAUGUUGUGUAAGAUAAUUAAGACGCUAUUCAAUCAGUUGUUGGUUGUUAAAUGUUUGUACAUGUGUUAUGUAAACCUCUUUUGGUUUGUGUUGAUAUCAGUCAUUAUAAUCAUUAUAAUUUAUUCUCAUGAGUUAGGAGUAAAUUAAAAUAUUGUUUUUUUUUUCCAGUAUAAAACCCUAAUUUUCCAUGUUAAAAAAGAAGCUCUAUAGACACUUUAAUAUGCAUCUUAAAUCCUUUGUUAUGCUUAUAGCACGGAAAAAGCUAAGCCUGACACAAAAAAAUCAGUAUGAUGAACUUAUUAUGUAAAGACAUAAUGUGACUCAUUGUUUAUGUUUUUAUUUGAUGGCUAUGCUAGCAGUAUAAGAAUAUCCCAAUAACUAAACUCAUUUUGUUUUAUUAUUAAUGUCCACACAAACACUGGAUUAGCUGUACAUAAUGCAGAACCUUUCAUCUAAACAUGCAGCUAUUAAAACAAGAGUUACACACA